AUGACUCAAUCUUCUCACCGUCGCUUUCCUUCUUCUCCUCAUGCCUCUAAGUCUAAGUCCUCUCGUCCUGUCCUACAUCGACGGGGUACUUCGGCUGUGAACCCGUCCAUCUCCAAGCUGGGCCGUGGUCAUUCUGGGCAUUCGAGGGGAAGCAAGGAUUGCAACGAGGAAGCCUCCGAGUUCGACAUGUCGGCCAGUUUUCUCAACUUCUGUGCCAUGUGUGAGAAACAGAUCACCGUCCCCAACAAUUCCCUCCUCUACUGCAGCGAAAGCUGCCGCAGAAAAGACUCUUGCAAGCCUCUCUCUGCCUCUCUCCCUUCUGUCACCAAUAUGUCCUCCAUGGCAGCCACGUCUCCACCAACCUCUCCACCCCUCUCUCCCCGAACCAUUGUGGCGCCCAUGACUCCCACACGCCCUAUCCCUGCCAUCAGGAUACCCGCCGACGCCCACGAUGCCAAGUCAGAUCUUGACCCCACGGAAUGGAAGCCGUUAAUAUCGGCCCGUGGCGCCGGCACCUCGCUGGCCUCGUCGGAUGCCUGGACAUACUUGUCCCACUUCCACGGCGGCGACAACAGCAUGCUCAUCCGCCGCCCAAGCCGCAGCAGCGCCAGCCUCCCCGCUCUGGUCAGCCAUGAGAGCGCUGUCGCGGUGCCCUCGCUCACCCACACUCCUUCCACCGUCGCUUCGUCUUUCAGCAGCACUGCCUCGGAUGACCUCGUCUCCAUGUACGAGGCUAAUGCUGCCCAGCGGCCCUUGCCCUCCCGCCACCACAGCUACUUCUCGGCGCCCAAGAGCGUUGAGCUCAUCGUUCCUCAUGUCGCCUCUGUGACGGAGAAGGACAACGGUGUCAUGGCUUUCCAUGAGGCUGCGUGGGAGACCCGCAAGAAGACCGCGCCGAUCACUAUGACCAGGGCUGCUGGACAGUCU